ACAAGUGAUUGAAUUCUCGUUUUCUUGCUGACGGCUGGCUGUCUACCGUAUCCAGCCAGAAGAAGUGAUCCAUCAACUAUCAAGAUGCCGGUUGCCUUUGUCGAACCUCCCCCAACGAAUCACCAUGGCGUGUCUUUCGACGUGGAAGAGGAUGGUUCUCCAACGAAGCUGUCCGAAGAAAAGCGUUUGGAACGCAUGAUGAAUGCUCAUCAAACGUUAGUGGACAUGGUACACGAGCGCAACGAAAAAGGCAUCAUCCCCUUUGCCAAGGAUUGUCAGGCCCGAUUGGAAGCUCUGGGAGGAUGGCAAAGUCACGGAAUUCAUAUGACAGAUUCUCCACCUCCCGUCGUCCAGGAUACAUUUCUCUUGCCCCACAGCAAGAGCCAAUUCCCCGUGACGGUGCUCGACGGUGUCUUGUCCCAGGAAGUCUGUCGGUCCUUUAUUGACGUGCACGAAAAAGUGGGCUUUGCCAAACCUCCUUCGCUACUCGUGUCGUUGGUGGAACAAUUGGAGGGACAACAAGACGCGGAAUAUCUGAAAAAAUAUGCCUACGAGCAAGCCAAGAACACGUCGGAACUGGUGCAAAUCGAAUCCAACGAAUUUGCCGCCUAUUUGUGGGCACACAUUCAAGACCAUCUACCCGAUCAACAAGCCUCGUUCGGACAAUUCACGACGGGCAUGUACCAAAAAUGUGGCAUUAUUCCCGUCUUUCGAUUCAUGCGCUAUGAGCAGGACCAAGGAUUCAAACCGCACACGGACCCACAACGAAUUUUUACAAAGUGCCCACCACUGCACCACAAUUCCACUACGGCAACAACAACCGAGGGAGAACCAGGAAUUUACCAAUCACUCUUCACCAUUGCCUUGUACCUGAAUGACCCUGCCACUGAUUUUGAGGGAGGCAAGCUCAACUUUGUCAAGCUACACGUCGAUUCCGACGGGACCAAGCGCUACCAGUCACUGGCGACCGUGGACCCGGCAGUGGGUCGUUGUGUCCUCUUUAGUCACGAAGAAUUGCACGAAGGAGGCGGCGUGCAAGCUGGAACCAAGUACAUGUGUCAAUGCGAUGUCCUAUACAAGCGUGUAGGGGAUCUGCCCUAGCUGCCUAAAUGGCAGCGGCUGUGGAGGUGGCCGAUAAGACUAACAAGCAACGGCAGUAAUGAAGUAGUACUUGAACCUGAGUAGAAGUUUUCCUGCUGGCCCAAAGUAUGGAAAUGUUCCGUCAUCCUUUGAAUCGUUUCAUUUCUCUGUUGUUGUUCAACAUCUACCUUUUGGGGGUUCACUCCAUGGGCCCCGUGUCGCGAAGCGGCUCCGUCAGCAAUCUAGGAUGAAACGAUGUUGUUGUGUUUCACUGUACCGUUCUAUUUUCAUGGUUUGUUCUUAUGUUCCCACAAUGUAAAAAGUCUGUCACUUUGAGGCCACCUGGCCUUACCGUACGCAGCUGCGACACCUGCCUGGAAAGAGCUCUGGAAGUCGAAUUGUUGCCCAACACAUACAUGUACAUCAUGCGCGCUCUUUCGUCCUUUGAGUUUCAAAAUCUACCCGGUAGGACCAUUUCAGGGUUGCCUCAGAUGCAGACAGCCUUGCAGACUUCGACAUUUGCGGUGGGGAGAACCGCUGAAGGGAGAAGCCCUGAGUGGUGUGCCUUGGUUUUGCAGGUUCCACAGACCGCCCCGGACCCAUCUCUCAUUGAUGAACAUAGGCUUGGGAGCUUGCUGCCGCUUCUUAUUGGUAGGUGCUCAGAGCAUGGAUUUGCCAGAAUUAUAGACUUCUAUUUCAAAAGGCCGUACGAGGCUACUCUGAGUACGACUUGUCCACCGUGCCGCUACCCUAAACUGAUAACCCCCAAAAACAUUGGGGCGGAGAGAUUUGCCCCCCUCAGCUGGGAGAGUUUGAACCCAACCAAGGCAAGAUAUGAAGGGACAGGUCACCAAUUGGACCCUCCCGUGCAGCUGCCAUCGACGGCACUGCUACUAACUGCACUACUGCUAUUUGUGUCCACACUGGUGUCUUCCAAAUUGAGCUCAGACCAAAAGCCUGAUCCAAAGUUGCUCAAACCAUGGAUUUGCCAUGUCCGCGCGUGCGUGCAUUGGGAGGGGUGGUACAGUCAGCCCUCGCUCUUAUUUAUAAUCUCUUAUUUAUUCCCUCUAUUAUAUUUAUUAAAUCUCGAGAUCCCCCCCCAGUCAUGAGUGACCGUGACUGCAGUCAUGAGUGACCGUGACUGCAGCAACAAAUCUUUCGAGCAGCCC